GUGCUGGUUUUCCCAUCCUGUGAAAAAUGUCAAAAUUUCAAAAUGUUUCCCCUGCCACACUGGGAUGAAACCGAGCCCUUUUGAAGUUUUUUGUGAAACAUCCAAUAGGAAGAGAGAACAGAAUAACCAAUAGCCCGGCAGUUAUGGCAGUCAUCUCAGAUCUGAGUGCCCAAUGAGCUGUUCCAAUGAACAGGUCACUGUUUAUACAAAGUUGGAACAGCUUCAACAGGAGAGAUGGAGAGAGACGCAUCCCAAAACAGCCAAUAGGACUGGAUGGAUCAGCUGAGCCAAGCCGUGCAUUCCAAUCUCCCACACAGAGACCAACCAACAUGAGCCCGCUUUCCUUUCCUCAGCACUGUAAUCCUCCUUCCUUUUGUAUGGCUUUAAGCAAAACUAUCACCUCCAGGUCAGCAUCCCAAACACAGAGCUAGAGAAUGACACAAGGGACCCUGAUGGGAAGAAACUUGGGGGUGUUCUACUAAGGAGAUGGCAUGGCCUAGUGAGUUAGGCCCUGGCUUAAGACUCAGAAGACCUGUGUUCUGCUCCCAUCUCUGACUGGCUGUGUAACACUAGAUAUCUAAACAUGUGCUAAAAUGAGAAACAGCGGAUCGCCAGAACACAGGCUUCCUGUGUGAUGGCUCAGAAUAGGACUGUUGUAAAAGCAUCUUUCCAACAAUUGCAAACUAUACUGUCACUCUGGAGCAUGACGACACAGACAGUGACAAAGGGAGUUCACUGCCAACCCAUGUUCACAGCGACAAAAAAGCCUCAAAGCUGCAUUGCGCCUCUCCGAGAUCUAAACCGCUUCCCACUACAGGAUGGGCCGUUUCCCAGCCCGGCUUCUACUGUUGGCACUAACAGGGCCGUGCCUGGCAAGAGAGGAGCUGGAAUUGGUGCCAGCUGUACAGGGAAGUCCUUUCAGUACAAACUGUUACUACAAUAAUGACAAGUAUUCACCAAAGGAGAAAUUCUGGUGCAAGAUGCUGUCAGACCGGGAAUGCAACAGCAGAAUCUUCCUGAGCAUCCAAGCAAAAGGAGAGAAAUACCUAAAUAUUGCACCAAAAAGAAGGGUCCAUCUAACAAACUCAGGAACAGGCUGGAUUUCUGUGUCCAUGACGGAGCUCCGGAUAGAGGAUUCAGGAACAUACUUGUGCGGGGUUUUCGAUCAUCAGACAAUAAUCCCAUUGAAAAUUAUUAAAGUGACGGUUUCUUAUGAUGCUCCCAUGAGGCUAUCUGCCAAAAAAGGAGGCUCCAUCUCCCUAAAUUGUUCUUAUUUUGUGAUGGACAACAGCAGAAGACCUAAUAAUUUUACCUGGUGCAAAAUGAUAACCGCAACCAGAUGUCAACCUGUCGUCAGCGUUAAGUUCGAUCAGAUUGUUAAUACACAAGGAAGGACCAGGAUAAAGAUCGACCGGUGGAACAGAGUGAUUAUAGUGACACUGAUGGGGCUCCAGCUACGUGACUCGGGGGAGUAUCAUUGUGAGACCCAUCUUCAGGGAAGUACCAUGCUACUGAAGAUGAUCACGCUGAAUGUUUUGGGAAAAAGUGUGUAUUAUGAUACAAUUAAUGAGUCUACUUCGCCUCCCACUAACGAGGGGGAAACCGCCCACCCAACUGUGGCCAGCAAAAAGGAGCAGAGAAUUCUUUAUGUUGUCCUGGCACUGGGCUCCUUCCUGGUUGGCAGUGCACUGAUUGCUAUCGUGGCUAUUAUUUUCACCAUAGGGAGAAAAAGAGUAGGGAACGGGCUGAAUUUUGGUGAAUACCCUGACUGCAGACUAGCAGCAGAGCAGGAUGAAGAACAUUCCAGAGAUGCCACCCCAGAUGCGGAAUUGAAGAAUGGUAUAAUAUAUGCCAUGCUAAGGCUCCCACCCAAGCCAAAGCCAGAUGAUGUCACAUAUGACAACGUGGAGCUUCCACAAAAGCCAAAAGGUGCCAAACAUUCAGCUGUCCUGUUCUCCUCAGGCACCAUGGAGUAUGCAACCAUCAUCUUUGGAGAUUCACCUCCUCGGUCUGAGACUAAAGAGAAACAGUGUCCCUAACCAUGAAAUCUAGUGUCCCUCUCAUAGUUCUUCUUCUGAACUGCUAACGCAGAAACUACAGUCACUGACAAUUGAAUGCAUCUGGAAUUGAAAGGAAGAUACAUCCUGUACUGGUUGUCACUAGCUCCUCUGGGUAUUACUACAGUGCAUCAUCUUACAUAAAAAUUGUAGUGUGAGGCUUAUUUACCUGGUGGCCUACUGGCACAAUAAGGCUCUGAACUACUCUAUGAUAGGCCUGUGUCCAAUUUCCUGUUUCUUGUCCCCAUGGCCAGGCAGGUGCAGGGAAUGCUCCGGUGGUAACACACUCGCUCCUUGGUGGGGAGAGUUACUGACCUGCAUUGCCCAGCAGGAGCAAGGAUGACAGGUGCUGCAGGGAGUCCCACAACCAGAGGAACUGCACUGUAACAUGGGGCUAUGGGGGUACAAGUGCAAAGCAAGUGAAAAGGAGCAAAGAAGGAGGGAAUGGAUCCAAAGGACUGGGACAGAGAUUCAAAAAACCUCCCUGGAAAAAACAGCUACACUGCUAGGAUAGCCCAGUAGCAGGAUUCAGCCACUGGGAACUAAAUGCAGUGGAAGGAUGGGGGACAUUUACUUUCUCUAGUGGCUCUAUUUUUAGUGAUAGGCAGCUAUAAACUCCCCCGUCAGGAAACUGGGUCCCUCUGAUAAGAGCGGCCACAGCGUCCCAGUAGGGAAGUGCUGUGAAAUAUAAGAACAUGCUACAUUUCCUUUUCAGUCUUAUAACUUCUCUAACAGUUCAGUUAACACCACAGUGGCUACCUUUCAAUCACCUCCCUGUGUUCGGCCCCAGUUCAGCAAAGCACCGAAGCACGUGCUUAACGUUAAUUCCUGACUUCCAUGAGACUUCAUGUGCUUUGCUAAACUGGUGCCUUGUGCCUCACCGAAGAGCAUAUGAUUGUGCAAAGUAAAACUGUAUUGCAAUGCAGAGUUAACUGUGGGUAGGUCUGAGAGUCACUCUGUAUUCACUUCUAUGGCACAUUAUAAAUAUGUCUUAAAUAACUUUAUUAUGAACUAUACACAUUUCAAACUGUCGCAGCUUCCAUUAAAAUCUAUGCAAUUGA